GAAACCUUUCCCCUGCCCCACACCCCGCCCCCUGAAGCCUUGGUCCCCACCCCUAGAAGACAGCGGAACUGAGAAAAGAAGAGGCCUGUGGACAGAAAAGUCAUGUCUGAUUCCCUGGUGGUGUGCGAGGUGGACCCAGAGCUAAAGGAAAAGCUGAGGCAAUUUCGCUUCCGAAAAGAGACGGACAACGCAGCCAUAAUAAUGAAGGUGGACAAAGACCGACAGAUGGUGGUGCUGGAGGAAGAAUUUCAGAACAUUUCUCCAGAGGAACUAAAAACAGAGCUGCCAGAGAGACAGCCGAGGUUCGUGGUUUACAGCUACAAGUAUGUGCACGAGGACGGCCGAGUGUCCUACCCCUUGUGUUUCAUCUUCUCCAGCCCCGUGGGCUGCAAGCCUGAACAACAAAUGAUGUAUGCGGGGAGUAAAAACAGAUUGGUGCAGACGGCGGAGCUCACGAAGGUGUUUGAAAUCCGCACCACUGAAGACCUCACCGAGGCCUGGCUCCAAGAGAAGUUGUCUUUCUUUCGUUGACCUCUGGGUUGGGGAACUGAAAUCCUCAUGUCUGAAUUCCUGAAGAGACUGGGAACUCGGACCCCUAAGGACCUGAACAUCCGAAACCCUAAAGAAAUUAAAAUGCAAGAACUCCUCAGCAGGAGGAGUUUAAUUUAAAGAAAUUAAAAUGCAAGAGAUCCUCA